AUGGAAUCCUUUAUGCGAUGGGAUUACAACAUCCAGCUCUCUCCUGCAGAAAUUGCAAGAAGUCAGGCUUACCGCAAGGCCGCAGGUGCCGCUAUGUCAUUCACCAACGACUACUUCUCGUGGCAUUCCGAGAAAGCCAGCACUGGUGGUCGAGCGCAAAACGCCAUCCCAUUCGCAAUAAACUUAUACAGCUUGACAGAGAAUCACGCAAGAGCGUUAGUUAAGGGGCUUGUUAUUGAUGCUGAGGAGGAAACUCGCAGACUCGGAUUUGAGCUGACUCUUAAUGCCUCGGAGGAGAUGUUAAGGUAA